AGAACAUAACGUCGCCGUCGGACCGACGUUUGCUGGGGGGGUAGGAACCAUUGUUCAUAGUCCAAGUUUCCCGUCGACUAUAUAAACCCAACGGAACAAGCACGGAGCGAGUUUGCUAACCGUGCCACAAGCGAACCUGAGCUGUUACCGUGGUGAGUCCGUCCAGAGAUCGACCGGCAACCAUGACUUCACUGGGGAGCAGCAGUUCCUCAGCCACAGAGUACACCGUGCGAGUGCCCAAAAACACCAGUAAGAAGUACAACAUCAUGGCUUUCAAUGCAGGAGACCGAGUCAACUGUUCAACAUGGACACAGGCUCGUAUGGAGAGAGACAUGAGUGCUCGGCGGAUAUAUGGAGAGGAAGAGACUGCGGAAGGUGCAGCUGGCAGUGAGUUUGGCAAAAAGCAGCGUGAGGAAGCACGGCGGAAGAAGUUUGGCAUCGUGACACGUGAGUUCAAAGUGGAGGAACAACCUUGGAUCCUCAAAGUCAAUGGCAAGGCUGGCAAGAGGUUCAAAGGUCAAAAGAAGGGCGGUGUUACAGAAAAUGCAUCCUACUACAUUUUUACACAGUGUCCCGAUGGCGCUUUUGAGGCCUUCCCUGUCAAUGGCUGGUACAACUUUAUACCACAGGCCAAGCACCGAACUCUCACUGCCGAGGAAGCUGAGGAGGAGUGGGGCAGGAGGAACAAGGUGGUGAAUCACUUCAACAUCAUGCUUCAGAAGCGUCUCCGCGAGCAGGAGCAUGGCGAAGAUGAUGAAGACGAGGCCGAGAAAUCGGGGAAGAAGAAGAAAAAGGGGGGCGGCGGCGGCCGAGGGGGCGAUCUGCGCAUUCAUGAUCUAGAAGAUGACCUGGAAAUGAGUAGUGACGACAGUGACAGCAGUAUGGGGGAAGAUGGAGGGAGCAAAGCAAAGGUCAAGAAAAAUGCAGCGAAAGGAGGAGCAAAAAAGAAGAAGCGAAAGGGCAAUGAUAACGAGGCCUUGGAAGACAGCGAUGACGGCGACUACGAGGGUCUGGAGGUGGAUUACAUGUCGGAUGAAAGCAGCUCAGACGAAGAGCCAGAAAAGGGAAAGCCCAGCAAAGGAGAGGACCACCCUAAAGGAAUUGAUGAGGCAUCUGAAAGUGAGGAAGAGAGCGAAGAAGAGAAACAGAAUGAUGAGGAAGGAAAAGAGGAGGAGGAAGAGGAGGAAGGAAAGAAAACCCCGGUCCAAAUGGAAAAGAAGAAGAAAAAAGACAGCAGCGGUGAAUCGGACAUCUCAGACGACAGUGACAUCGAGGGAGACACGCCCUCUGCUCUGUUCAUGAAGAAGAGCACUCCUCCUAAACGUGGAGGUGGCCGUGGCUCUGCAGGCAGCUCCAGGACUGGCAGCCGUCCUGGGACACCAUCCAUAGACUCUGCCUCCACUUCCAAUACACUCCAUGCUGCCGCCAGCAAGCUAGAGCAAGGUAAGAGACAGAUUCCAGGUCCAGGCACUGAUUCACCAGCAGCCAAAAGGCUGAAGAUGGAGCCCAGCAGUCAGAGUCCUGUUCCCUCUGGGAAGAACACACCUCAACCUCCAUCAGGAAAAUCCACCCCAAGCUCCAGUGAUGUGCAGCUAACAGAGGAGGCGGUCCGGCGCUACUUGAUCCGUAAACCCAUGACCACCAAAGAUCUGCUGAAGAAAUUUCAGACCAAGCGCACAGGCUUGAGCAGUGAGCAGACCGUCAACGUGCUGGCACAAAUCCUGAAGCGCCUCAACCCAGAGCGCAAGAAUGUCAACGACAAAAUGCACUUCUACCUCACAGAAUAAGCGAUGGUAGUGAGGGACUGUGGAGAAGAGAAGGAGAAACAAAAUAGUGUAGGUUCUAGCAGUUUGAUUGCAAACAACCCAAUACCCUCGCCUCCCCCUCCCCCUAGUAAGCGUGUAGGAGGCAGGUUCCACGACAACACUCAAGGCUCUGUUUAAUUUGUUGUCUCUGGAAAAUUGUAGGGACACGGCCCCGCUCCACGGUCAAGGAUAGGUUUUAAAUGUGGACAUAAAUAUAAGGCUCAUUGUAAGAUAACAAACAGUUCUUUAUUUCAGGUGAUUAUACAUUGAUGAAAACAUAAUUGACAAUAUUCCCAUUUAGCAUUUUGAAUUAGUCUUAGUCAUAGUCCUUAAAUCUGAUAUUAAAUGAAAAGAAACUUUGUAAGUGUUGAGUGGGGGAAAAAGUUCAGCCUUUGUAGGAUUUCUCUCCACAUGUAAGGUGUUAAACUUUGAUGACGGUAAAGUAAAAUGUGUUUAACGUGUUUUUCUUAGGUAGAAGUUUUUCUAAUAAAAUGUCAAAUAUG